UGUGUGCAUCUUUUCUAUUUCACCUUUUUUUUUCGCUCCUUUCUUCACUUUACCAUCGCAAGUCUUUGGAACGCGUUGUUUCUUUUGUCUUGUUCUUCCUCUUGUUCCAGCCAUCGCCACAAUCGUGCCUUACUCCGCUUGUUGUGUUUCACAUAAAGCUUCCGCCUUCCCAACCCUGUUGCCCCCAUUUCACGGUACCUGGCAUCACCAACUUCUUGCCACUCAAUCAACACAAUCACCUCACAUCCCAUCACUAUGCAAUGUCAGAUGGACCAGUCUUAUAUCGUGUAUCAAACCAACGACGAAGCAGAAGGGUUUGACAAACAUCUCUAUGAGGCCUUGCUAGACCUUUUUGAACAGUCGAUUUUCUACAAGAAAAGAACGGCCACUCUCAAAGAAUGGACGCAGUUAAUCGAUCAGUUAGAAGACAUGGCCCAAGUGACUUUCUUCACAAACGAACAGAAAGAAACCCUUAAACCGUAUAUUGUGAAAAAUGCUGAUGUCGAAUUGUCGCCGCAGGAAUUCUUCGACCUGCUGGACGUAAUCAACUACUCCAGAAAUGAUGCGAACGCAAAGCCGUCGACAAACAAUGAACCCCCCAACGAAUCGCAACCUGCUCUUUCUCCUCGUCCAACUGCUUCUCGAAGCUCCUCCCGUUUCGAUUCAAUCCAACGUACAUCACGCCCUUUAGCAGAUACCGCUCGACGACCCAGACUGUCUUCGUUGCAAAGAAGAUAUCAAACCUUGGAAGAAGAAGGUUUCGACGAUAGGAAUGAUGGCAACGGCAGCGAUAAUCACCCUUCUGUUACUUCAAACUCUUCAUCCACGCAUAAUGUGAAUGACGUUAAUAUCCCCACCUCCCGUAGACGCAAGUUUACUUUUCAUCAGCAGUUGUCUGAUGGGGAUCUUGAUAUCUAUGAUUACGAAAAAACUGAUCUCCAAGGUCGUCAUGACAGUUACGGUUCGGGGUUUAUUCACGACGAGAUCGGCAAUCCAGAACCCUCCUCAACUCGGGACCAUUACAAGCUAGAUUCAUUGGAGCAGCUACGUGCCGAACAAGCGCGCAUUAACGAUGUGGCGCGUGAAUAUGAUGAUCGGAUCUCGGAAUUGCAAGUUGAUAUCCAGCGAAUGAAACAAGAAAUCGCGGAGCAGAAAAAGAUCAUCUCGCAGCAUAAUUCAACAGAUAAACAAAGACUGGAAGACAUUGCUGAGCUUGAAAAACUGGUGCACCAGCAACAAUCGGAGACAACUCGUCUCCGUCUCUCGCAACAAGAAUCCAAAAAGCUAUUGGAAGAAAAAUGUGAGGAACUUGGCCGAACACAAGAAAUGUUGGAAGGUUGCGGAAAGCAAUUAAAGCAAGCGCAGCAAAGAAUUCAGGAACUGGAAGCAGAGAUUACGGAUUUAGAAGAAGAGCGGGACAAAGCAUAUACCGCAAAUCAAGAUUUGGAGGAUCAACUGUUGCAAAUGUCAUCCUUUUCAGGAGUGAUUCAAAAGUUGGAAGACGAGAACGAGGAAUUGAAACACAUUAUUGAUAAGUUCAAGUUCAAUCUUGACAUGGCUCGUGCGGGAUCAGCUCUUGGUUACCAAUCUUCACCGACAAUGAAUCUGAGAUCGGAGCUUGAGCCAGAAAAUGCAUACGCAGAAGACUUUGAUGCAGAGGGAGAAGCCAUCUAUGCCAAUACUCAGGCUUUGAAUGCCAAGAAACAAAAGCAACUGGAGAAACAAAACGACGACUGCCACACCAAAAUAGCCACACUUGAGGAGGAACUCAAAAAUGAGUAUCAAAAGAGGGAGGAUCUGAAGAAUAUGUUGGAAGCUGAGAAUCGUCAUCUGCAACAAGAGAUCCAGAUACUCAUGGAAGCUCAACGCAGAAAGGAAGUCUCUCAGUUUCACAGUAGCACGCAAACGGAAGCGGUUGGCGCUGUCCAGAAGGAGAUCCAAUGUGACUUUACAACGAAUGAUUGCGGCCGUUGCAACACGCUGACGAUCGAUCAUGACAAAGAAGUCCAAAGCCUACAUAAAGAACUAGAUGAUCAAGCGCGAAUUAUCGAGCAAAUCACAUGCAAUGUACACGAGGAGGACGACAAGUCACGGAUCAUCAAGAUUCUGCAGUCUGUGAAGUUGAAGCAACCCAUGUCGCGGACUAACUUGACUGGUAAAUUAUAUUACAUUCUUCUAUUUUUUCUCAUGCAGUUUACUCACUUUCCGACUUGUUUAUUGUUAUCAAUAAAUGCAUAGAACAUAAGUUGCCUUCUGUUGUAUACAGCGCAGAUAUUUUCGCCUAUUGCAAAUCCAUGUUUAUGGUUAGCCCAUAUCAGAACGCCUUGCUUCUAUU